CUCAAACAGUUCAAUCAUUUGCAUCGUAACUAGAAUUUUGACGACGUUCUCAUCAUGGAAGCCUAUUCUGGUUCUUUUUCCUCAUCCAACUCUUCAUACUUGACCCAAAACCCUGAUGAAUCCAAGGGGCUGAAGCUAGUGUACCCUCUUCAGUCUCACAAUUCCUGGCUCCAUUCCGUGAGGAAGCCAUCGGCAAAGCCCAGGAAGAAGGCACCAGUGGCACCGAUGCCACCGACACCGGCCAAAGUGUACAAAGUAGACGCUAUAAACUUCCGAGACGUGGUUCAGCAGCUCACAGGUGGACCCGAGCACCAGCCCCAGCCACGUCAACAACAGCUUCUUCAAAGCAACGUCGCACGUGCUGGCACUUCCCUUUGCGUUCCUAAUGUGCCCCAGAAGCAAAAUGAAGCAAGCGGAGACACGAGCACUAAAUGGUACCAGGACUUUGGAAUGAAUUUGCUCUCACCAACUUCUUAUAGUUCCUUCUGUUUCUUUCCUCUUUUGAGCCCAAGAGAUGUCACCAGUUUGGAAGCGGGGAAGGUUCUUUAGGACUUUUACCAGUAAUUUCUUCACACCAUUCUAUAUAUGCUAUUCAUAUGUACUCCUAUUCCAUUAUCUACUUCAUUUUUUUUUGUUGUUACUGUUAUCACAUCAUCCAUCCAUCUUCAAUCUUCAACUUUUAUGGGCGUAGUCAAGUGCCAACAAUAUAACAAACUAACUAACUGUUACCGUCCCUUUAGUGUGAGCUUAUGUACCUUGAUUGUCUCUAUAUCUCUUUUGUUUCAUCCAAAAUGUUGUCUUUAUUACCUUCAAAGCAAAGGAA